AGUAUGAAUAGGGGUGACGGAAAUAUCAAUCUUUUUCGUCAAUUGCUCGAUGCCACAAACGUAUUGGAACUUCCAGAAGAAAGAUUUAUUGCCAAUUUUCGAGUAAGUAAGGAUGUGUUUUUGAUGCUGUUGGGUGAAAUGGAGCCACAAAUGAAACGGAAUACCAGGAGCAGCAGUGUUCCACCAAUCGUAAAAGUUUCAACAUUUUUAAAAUUUUUGGCAAGUGGUGGCUACCAAUUUUGUGUUGGAAAUGAGAGUGUCUCAUAUAUGUCAAAGGCCAAAGUUUCGGAGGUGGUAAGCGAAUGCUUGAACAUUGUGGAGCAGCACAUAUGUGCUAAAUGGAUUCGUUUACAAAAAACAUUAGGUGAGGAAGACGAAUGUAAACAAAGCUUUUUCAACAGCGCUGGUGUACCAGGAGUUGUAGGAUGCAUAGACGGCUCCCAUGUUCGAAUAAAGUCCCCUGGGCAACAACAACAGCAUUUAUAUUAUUACCGUAAAGGUUACUACAGCAUAAAUGUAAUGGUGAUAUGCGAUCAUAAUAUGGUAAUAAAUUACGUAGAUGCUAGACAUCCAGGUGCAAAUCACGAUGCAUUUGUGUGGGACCAGAGCGAUGCACAUGAUCAUUUUAAAAAUAAUUUUAUUCGAGGCAAGAGGAAUACAUGGCUGUUAGGUAUUUAUAGUUGCCUUUUUUAAUACACACAUACACCAAAAUAAAUUCUUUCCUAAAAUUCAC